AUGGCUGGCGAAGCGAGGUCUCUGGUUGAGGUUCUAGGUGGGGUUGAGCAGCAUCUGACGGUGGAGAAUGAAUCAAACAGUGAGAAACCAAAGACUUUGGUUACUCUUGAUCUGCUUGGUGGGUCCUCCUCCAUUGAAACCAAGGAGUUGGACUUUGACUUGAACGAACCCAUUGGCUGGGAGAAGCGCUUAGACCUUAAGUCAGGGAAGUUACACAUUCAGAGGCGCAACACAUUAGGUUCACCUUCUGUUUCUGAGCACAAACUCCGAAUGAAUAAAGCAGGUCCAAAACACCAAGGCCUAAAUUUGACUCCUUCAUCCAAAGUGCCUUUGGACCUUUUUGAGGAAACAUGCCUGGACUUGAAGCUGGUUUCAUCUUCAUUGUCAUCAAGCAAUUAUCUAAGUGUGUUUGACAAUGUGAACUCAGCACUUGAAAGAGAAGAGAAAGAGGAAAAAAGGAAGAGGAAAUCAUCAUCUUUGCCAUCGCCAUCUUCUUCAUGUUCCUCUCCAGUAGGAGAAAACCAAGUAGAAGAAUGCCAAGAUAAGUUGUUGUCUUCACCGACACUGAUCCCUGCAGGGUGCUCUCGUUGCUUAAUGUAUGUAUUCAUAAUGAAGAACAAUCCCAAGUGUCCAAGGUGUGACUCGGUUGUUACGUUUCCAUUCAUAAAGAAACCUAGGUUUGAUCUCAAUAUAUGA